GGACAUGCAUAUCUUGAGUGCGGGCAUCUUCAUGUACACGUCGGACCUGAGGUUCCAGGUGAUCCAUCCGGACAAGUCGGAGAACUGGACGCUGCAAAUCAAGUCGCCGCAGCAGCGCGAUUCUGGCGUGUACGAGUGCCAGGUCAGCACCGAGCCGAAGAUGUCGCUCAACUAUAGCCUCAACGUAGUUGAAGCGCGAGCCAGAAUACUCGGCCCGCUGGAUAUCUACGUGAAGACCGGAAGUCUUCUGACGUUGACGUGUCUCAUGUCGCAAGGUCCCCACGAUCUGGGAACGGUAGCUUGGUACCGAGGAAGUCAGGCGGUGGUGACAUCGCCGCGAUCAGAAAAUGACAUCGAAACGGAGCCCCGCAUAGUCGUCGAGACGGAAUGGAGCGACGCCCUCACGUCGAGAUUGAGGAUCACGCAUGCGAAGCCCAGUGACUCCGGAAACUACAGUUGCGUUCCUACCGUGGCGGAGGGAGCGAGUGUCAACGUGCACGUGAUCAAUGGUGAGCAUCCGGCCGCGAUGCAGCACGGAAACACGGCAGCCGGCUCGCCCAACUCGAAGACGGUCCUGGUGAUGCUCGCCUUCCUUCUGGGCCAGAUGAGAUAAUGUGCGUGUACACGAAGGUCGCCCGAGACUCGUAAAAUCGAUAGACGUAUCGCACCAUGAUCGCCCACACAUCCUAAACCCUUCCGCACAGACCAGAUCCUGGAUUAGAUCUCAGUUAGUUUCAUCGUAGCGGCCGAAAGAUUAAAUAAUUUUCGAAAUUGUAUAAUGGAAUCCUCGAGUGGUGCAGUUUAUAAAGGUGAGGUCUAUAAAGUAUAAGUUAAUAAGAGAUUUGACUGAUUUUAUUUUAUAUAUUUUUUCGGAUUAAUUGAUUUUUGAAUGGCAAUAUUUCAAGAGAGAUAAUCGCUGCGAUACCAUACCAUUCAUCGUUAUUGACGUUAUUGUGUUUUCUACCGCGUUUAUCAUUUUAUUGUAUCGGGAUUAGUUUUGCGAAAUCGCGUACGAAGUGAUAGAAAUGCAUUGUAAAUCAUAAUAUUCUUUUCAACUUCAAUUCAAUCAUUUAUCUCGAGGCGAAAAUUUUAAUCUGAAAGUAUUAAGCAACAUAUUACGUUACUUUAAUUGCAUGUCGUAUUUUAAAUAUUCUCAGUUAUUUCGCAGUUAUCUCGCUCCUCUAAAGCGAAAAUCCCCAUCCCGUUUAUCUUAAAGUUAACUGUGGGUUUGGCCGCUGGGGUGAGAAAUACAAAGAUAAUCUCUAAGAGACAGCUCUUCUUACGUAAUAAAAGGGAAGCUUUGUGCCUAAGGGUUAAGCGGAGUGUGGAGGGCAGUCGUAUUACACGGUGUCUUUGGAGCCAUGAAUUCCACGACAAAUUUCCGAGUCGACUUUUCCCAGCCGCGAAAGAAUGAAUGGACUUUUCAUACCGUUUGUUGUAAUGCAGCGAGUACACGAAGUAUUUACAGGUGAGAGGCUGUACACGUGUAAAACGUUAAAUAGCGUAACGAUAACCGAGCGAACCGAGGUACUUAUACUCCAUCACGAAAACGUUUCCCCAGUAAUUGGCGAUGUCGGCACAAAUGAUAUUUUCACCACCGGAACUUGCGUCCAAAAUUAAUAAUUGCAACAUCGUGUUUAACAACCGUUCUUUUAACAAGCAGGCAAUCGUGUUAUAUUUUUGUUAAUUGACGAUAUACAUAUGUAUCGACAGGUAUCACGUUUUAACCAUAUCGCUUUUUUUUUAAAUACUUUUUUUAUUUAAUAUUUUUAAUUACUUUUCACGAUCUAUAUAUAACACGUCCGUCAGAUAAAUGGAAUGAUACCAAUUGCAACACAAUAUUGCUAGAUUUAAUUCCGAUUUGUUUAUAACGAUCGUAAUAAUCCUGAAGGAAAACAAAACCAUUGACGUCAAUUCCAGCAUAGUUGUUUUCGCGUGAUAAGCUUCUUUUGCACUCUAUAUCCAUAGGUAAGCGCCGAAGUGAAAUAUAACGAUAAAAAUUUCCUAUUUCCGCGCGAACACUUGAUUAUAGCCACAGAGGUUCGUUUGAUUUUGAGCCCAGUGAUUAGUUUUUGUGCUUCGUGACUUUAGCAUCGGUACGGUUUUAUUGUUGACAUAUAAUACGCGUCGAGCAACGAUUUCGUACGAGACGGCACGACCGAGCAGAGUCGAGAAUUCUUAUCAUAUCCACGAACGACGCGAAGACGUUGUCAAUAUUAUCAAAGAAUUGCAGCGGCGACGCAAGGGGGAUCCGGGAGUUCUCGCGGUUUCUCUAAUUAGAAAACACUUCGUAUACGAGAAGGACUCGAAGGGUCGCGUCGCUGUCGCCGCUGAAAUUUUUUGAAUAAUUGCGCACCGUGCGAUGUCCAAUGUGACGCGAUCGCAAACACGUGAGAAUUAGCGACAACGCGAGUGUUGACGCAAAGAGAGAUAGAGAGGCGUAUAAUUGAAGCGCGAGUGCUCGCGCCAAGAAAGAAGAGGAAUGGCGAGAAGUUAAAACUGGGACUGCGCGCGACCCCGCGACCCUUUCCCGACCAUAAUGUGAGGGAGAUGUUAAGUGUAAAAUAAAUGUGUCACGAGCAAGUUUAACCGAAGAGCGAUGUAAUAAAAAGACGGGGUGAACCGACCUCUCCACCCGUGCGCGAAGUACUUUCUACUUAUGGCAUAAGUGUUAAAUGAAAAAAAUCUUAAAGGAAGACACAGAAGACACGCAUAACACACACAUACACCACACGUACAGAUAAUAGUAGAGAAAUGUAUGUAAACCACGCGACUUUACGGCUCGUAUGAUUUACACCCACGACUAGCCCGAGAGAUGAAAGAUAAAGAAGAAAAAAAAACUGUGUUUCCCACCCGCUCACACCCAUCUCACCUCUUGUCUUGUUUUCCACACAAGUUCUCUUGCGAGAAAGCGCAUUCUUGUACAUAAUGUUUUACUCUUGUAAAUAAAUUAUCCACACAA